AUGAAAAUUCCAAUCAUCUUGACGUUCACUUUAAGUUUGUUAGCUUCUACCACAUUUGGUUUCCCUCUACUACGUAUCUUUGCUAGAAACACAGAUGGUGGUUAUUCAUAUUCAAGUUCCUUACUUGCAGCCCCAACAAAUGGUUAUAACCAGACAAACUCUUAUCAAUCUAGUGCAGCUGCAAGCCCAACUUUCGGUAAAGGAUAUUUCAAUACAACAAGUAAAGCCACUGGUGGUGGAGGUUCAGGUAACACACAAGUUCAUACAGCAACCGUCACUCAAAUCCAUACACUAACACAAACCAAUGAUGCUGGUGAAGCUGUAACCACUACAUUGACUUCAACUAUCCAAACCCAAAUCACACAAUCUGCCGCUGCUAAUUCUGCUCAAGGUGGAGGUGAUGGUAAUGUUGAAGCCGUCAGUACUGGACAAGAUAAUGAUGAUGACUCUGGAAAUACAGCAAAUGGUGGAUCAACUUCAGCUACUGAAACAGUUAUGGUUACUGCAACCGUUACACUUCCACCUCCAUCAUCAUUAGGCUCAAAUGGUGGUGCUGCUGGAUCAUCUACAGGUUACAACUAUGCAAACACCACUAUCACAACAUCAAGUCUUUCAUCAUAUGCUUUGAACUCAACUAGCUCAUUGAACAACAACACAACUAGUGCUGGUGGUGAUUUGAAUUCAACCUCUAGUAUUGCAACAACAGGUGCAAGCUCAAGUGCAGCACCACUCACAUCUUUAACUGGAGUUAGUGCCUCUUCUAGUUCUGUUUCCACUGCAACCUAA